CUAUAUGUCGCGACACGGCUCUUGAAAUUUUUAGGUGCACUAUGGAAGGCUAAAUGCAAUUAGACAAGUUGGCUAAAUCCAGGAGGUCACGACGUUCCGUAACAUAGUUAUUAGAGUUGGCCUUAUUAUUUAUAAGGUUGCAUUAUUGAUCAGUCAGGCUAGAACAAAGGACCGGAAGGCAAUAUGAACCCCAGUUAAGACGCUGGUCAGCCCGCCUGGAUUAGAGCCGGUGGGAUUAGCGACUAGUGGACUAUACACAGCGCGGUAAGCCGACAGGAUUAGGUCCGGGCCGGAUCCUGCAGCCGGAUCCCUGAGAUUUAGAGCUGAGUCGUUCGCCGUUCGCCGCAUCUGCAUCGUAAGACCGGCCGAAACACGCCUUAAUAAAACGAAAAUAACGCACCGACUUACAAAUUAAGACCUUUCACUGUUUCAUACGGCUAACGUCACAUUGUAACGUCCUUUGUGUGGCAGCUCAAGUCGAGCCAACUAAUCCUUAAGACGCGCGGCUAGGUCUAGGUUGCUCCAGUUAAAGCUCUGUAAUAUGCAGAAACCUUCUUAACCUAACAAGAUUAGCAUAGACAGGCCGGCCAGCAGGCCUAAUACCCCCUCGUCUUGGUUUAUUACUUGCUCAAGCUGUGCUACCGGCAUUUAGAAUACCGCAACUUUAAUUCAAAUCUACUGACCCAGUCGAUGAUCACUCAUUCUCGCACGUUAUCGAAGGGCGAGAGUUAACGCAUUUCAAACGCGCACAGGAAAACCGAACAAACUUUGUCAUCUUUUAAGCCAAGUCCCUCCCUGUUCAUUGCAUCGUUGAAGCGAUUUGCACCUUGGAUGAGAAUCGAGCGCUACAACACGGAGCUUGGAGACGAAGACCUAUGGUUGAAACUGAUAGCUACGUGAUAAUUCCAGUUGGAACCCCUUUUCACAGCCUCGUGCAAGCAGCCCUUCUUCGAUUAGGCUAUUCCGCUGACAGUGCAGCUGCCGCGAAAGGUUCCGUGGUUAUCAAAAAUUGGAAAGCACUUAAUUUUGAGCAAAUAUCCGAUGAUCCUCUCGUAACUGUUGGUGACAUAUUAGGGGAAUUAACUACGAUAGCCACGCUGAGGAUCCAAGUGUUUAGAGGAAGACCGGGCACGUUCAACGACAUUAAGGAUAAACUUUUGCGUUUCCUGUUGCUGCAAUCACAUGGAUUACUAAUCUCUUCAGGAUGUCCACUCGACGAGAUAAUACUUUCGCAAAUUUGUCGCACGUCACCGAAUUGCGCCCCGAUUCCGGAAAUAUCGGAAGAAAUCCGACGAAAAUUCGACCAGUGGUGGUCAACACAGUUCAGUCCGCAGUCACCAGCAAGCCGAAGUCAAUUCGGUGGUUCCUUCUCAAACCAAUAUUCAGUACCUCCCCAAGCGUCCAAAUCCUCCGAACGCACAUUAUCCGAAUCCGGCCAUCCAGCAAUGCAAACAGUUCACAAUCAAUUCCCCACCCAAAAAACCCGAAUGCGGACCAGUUUCGACCCGGAACUUGAACUCCCCAAGUUGCAACGUUGGUUCACCGAAAAUCAACACCCCAGCCGGCAGCAAAUCCAACAAUACGUGAAGGAACUCAACAGUCUUGAGUCCAGAAGGGGCCGCAAACCGCUGGACGUCAACAAUGUAGUCUACUGGUUCAAAAACGCAAGAGCUGCUCAAAAACGCGCGGAAAUCAGAAACGUCACACCAGGUCUGCCAUGCCAUCUCGCCGUAAACGGUUACAGCAACCAUAGCCCUACCAACGGUACCGGAUUUCUCAUUUCUGAUGGUUAUUUGAACUCGGAACGCUUAGCAGAUCACAGAUUGAAAAACAGUCUAGGGGCGAGGCGCGGGCCGCAAGCGUCGCACACUUCUGAUGAAUUUUCAAACGCAGGAUCUGAUUUAGAAGAUGAGGAUAUGAACGAAGUGCAACCUUCUAGUCCCACAGGGCCCUUGUCGCUCACUACAACGCGGAAACACGACUCCAGAGAGAAUAGUCCGCGUCCCUCAACACCCCCGCCUCCACCAAAUAUACAAGGAGAGUUGUGCAAGGUGGAACCAAAAGACGAGCCGAUUAACUACCACUCGCCCGGCGACCACAUAAACAACAACAAAAUCAAUCUUUCCGACAUGGAGGAGGACGAUCUGGAAGCCGAAAAUGACAAUAAAAGUCAUUUCGAAGGGAGCAAUUUGAACUCACCGGCAAGUAGGCAGAUAACUCAGCGCUACUGCAACUCUCCAGAGUUGCGCACUCCCAGUGACGGUAUUGAAAGACUAGCUGCAGGUUUUCCUCUUGUGCCAAACUCGAUGUUCAGCCAUAGCAUAAUGUACAUGAGCCACUAUAUCCCAGGUUUAUCUCACACCGCGACCUCUCCACCGGGUUCCAGUGCUUUAGGGAUGUCGGGUUUGACCGCUGACGAGCGGCGAAAACGCAAUCGUACAUUUAUAGACCCCGUUACGGAAGUACCGAGAUUAGAACAAUGGUUUUCACUCAACACUCACCCUUCCCACAAUCUGAUAUUAAAGUAUACCGAAGAAUUGAACUGUAUGCCUUAUCGUCAAAAAUUUCCCCGAUUGGAGCCAAAGAACGUUCAGUUUUGGUUCAAAAAUCGACGGGCCAAGUGCAAGAGAUUGAAAAUGUCACUGUUCGAUAAUCAACCCGCGGGACAGUAUCACCAUAACGAGCGCGAUUAAAACUAUUAUUAUUAUUAUUUUUAUUGAUAUUCUGGUGUGAUUUUUCAACCUGUACUUACUGUAGGUAAUGAAUGAUACAUUCGAUCUAUUACAUUUUUAACAGGGGUUAUGACGAAUUGGCAUAGACAAUAAAUAAUAAAAAUAUUCGUACCCAAUACUCGUUGGUUUCCACUUUUGUUUCAUGCAACCAGUAUUUCGUUGUUAGCAUGCAUGUGACUAGUACCUCAGCGCAAAAUUUUAUUCUAUAUGUUGAAUUUGUAAUAAUAAUUGUACCAAAGAUUGUUAAUUACAUUUGUAUUGUAAGACGAAUGUUUCGUUUUGUUGAUAAAUAAAGACAUGUACAACAUGUUAAUCAUUCUGUAUCUUAAUAAUUGUCGUGUUGUAGCCAGUGGCCAUGUCUAUGUGAACGCAGUGUAUUAAAAUAAAUACUCCUAAUGUUUCUUUACGCAGUUUGUUUUUUUAUUAUAAAUAUGUAUGUAAAUAAAAAACACAAUAAAUUUUUCCCAAGAUC